AUGCCUGCGAGCCCGCAGGACAAAGCGCCGCCCUCUCUUGCCGCCGUCGCCGUCGCCACCGCCAUUAUAGCUGGCUUGACUGGAUACUACAUCGGACAGGCACGCUCGAUAGGACUCUUUGGCGGUUCAUCGUCACCAAAGCAGGCCAAGUCGCGCCAUGGCAAGCAAGAGGAGGAGGAGGAGGAGGAGGAGGAGUCAUCCGACAUGAGCGACGGCAGUUCCGAAGGUGGGGAUGAGCUAGGCGACGUGAAAAGUUUUGCAGACUCCAACGAAGAGUGCAAGCUGGUGCUGGUAACACGAACCGAUCUUGGUAUGACCAAAGGCAAGAUCGCCGCCCAAUGCUCGCAUGCGACGCUGGCCUGCUAUAAAGCUCUCGUGCGCUCAGACCCCGCACAUCCGAUCCUACGGCGUUGGGAGCGGCUAGGUCAAGCCAAAGUUGCGGUCAGGGUCGAUAGCGAAGACGACCUGCUUAUGCUGCAGGCACAGGCUGUGAGCUUGGGACUCUGCGCGAAAGUGAUUCACGAUGCUGGGCGCACACAGAUUGCUAGCGGCUCAGCUACGGUGCUGGGUGUUGGCCCCGGGCCGAAGUCUGUGGUGGACCAGGUCACGAGUCACCUGAAGUUGCUAUGA